CCUUCCUCCAUCCCAUCCUUUGUCCCUUCCUUUCAGACAUUAUUUUUCCUUUUUGGUCCUAUCCUUCCUCCCAAACUUUCACCCUUUCUCUCGUCCUCUCUUCCAUACAACCCUUGUUUCCUUUCCUUAAAUUAGCACUUUUGACCCAUCCUGCGACUCGAUCUCUCGCGUGUUUUUAGUCAGGCGCGGCUUGAGACGUCCCUACUAUUCGAUUGGUGCUUUUGCAGGAGGCGGAAGCGCAGCCCGUUUUGUGAUUGGUCAUUCUCGUCGUCGAUCACCCAGGCUGGCGUUUCCUCCAUCCACGACUGGUGAAAAUUAAUACAGGCCGUCUCGCCACUUCGAGAGAGGAAACCAAACAGUUCCACGGGGGCUAACGUUAGCUAUGUCGUCUGGUGGAGAUAUAGUCGAGACUUACGUACACUCGAAGCCCACGGUAUGCUUUGUUUGUUGUCGUUGGGCUUCGCGAAGGACUCGAGUUAGCACUGAGCUAGCCACAUCUUACGGACAGCUAAUGAGAAGCUAAGUGUUCGCUGGGCUCGGUCCGCGAUUGGUGCAUUUAACUUCCGGUGGGCGGGACUAAAUUAGACACUUUUAACUUUUCUAUUUGUAUUCGUUUGGCAACAACACGCUGGAAAAGACAAGAUAUUAGACCAAGAGAUGAUGAUGUCGCUGGACAAGUCCAAAAAGGUCUCCAUCGGGCCUCGGCCCCGCCCCCCGACGAACGGCAGCGGCCAGAGCGCCCUGGCGGCGCCCGCUCAGCGCAUCCCCAGGAAGCGCUACUCGGUGGGUGUCGCCUUCAAGGGGCCGACCAAGCGCCGUCGGCGCGUCCAUAGUGACAGUCAAGUGGAGUCCCUGCUGCCCAGUCACUUCCUGAUGGGCGGGAACAUCUUUGACCCGCUCAACCUGAACUCGUUGUUGGACGAAGACGUCAACAGGGCGACUAAUCAGACGACUCCGAAGUGUUCGCCCCUGCCGUCCCGCAGCAGGGACCCCGUAGACAUUCUGGUUCCCCGAGACAUCACGGAUCCUUUGAACCUGAAAGGUGAGGGAAGGCCUGGCGGCGAGGCGGCGGGCGUCCUCCUGUCCCCCCUCAAGUCCAGGAGGAGACACCGGAACCAUCAUGGCGGCGACAAGCAGGCGGUGGCCCGGCCCAUCUUUCCCUCCACAGAUGGACUGACUGUUCCAGUGUUGUCCAGAGAGGGCAGUGCGGCGGUGUCCCCUCUUCCUUGCGAGCUCAACACGGCGAUCACCUGUCGAGAGGACGUCGCCCCGCCCCCGAUCCUUCCCAGGAGACACUCGCACCCUCUGCCGGGCGGCACGCGCAAGUCCAACGACCGGCGCCAGAGGACUCGACGCCGCACCACUUCUGGAAUCUCGACGCGCGUCGUCGCCGACACGGCGGAACCGGCCCGGUUCCGCACACCGCUGGCGGGAGGGGCGGGACUCGACAAGUGCACCCGUAAGCCCCCGGAGAAGAAGGACAAACACCGCUACCAGUACGGCAACUAUUGCCGCUACUAUGGCUACCACGGUUUCUAUGGCAACGGUUGGGAGGGGCGCAUCGGGCCUGCAGAGGACGCGCGGCUCCGCUUGCUGCAAGCCGAUUGGUUCCGAGACAAGAAGGCGCUGGACGUGGGCUGCGGCGCCGGUCACCUGACGCUGACCGUGGCCCGCACCUUCAACCCCGCGCACAUCCUGGGGGUGGAGAUGGACGGGCGACUGGUGCGUGCCGCCAGGCAGAACAUCAGGCAUUUCCUGUCACAUGACCUGGUGGAAGAGGAGAGGAAGAGGAGGAGCGCCUCUCCAAGUCUAGAGGGAGCCAAAAAUGAGGAGGAGAAGCAAGAGGAGCUGAAGGAGGACAAAGCUGUGCGCCUCCUGGCCUUCCCGCUGUCGCUGAGGGUGAGUCGCGGUCCUCUGGCCGCGCCCCCUCUCCUCCCGGCCAUGCUGCCGCCCUCGUGCAGGUUUCCCCACAACAUCUCCUUCAUCCAGGGAGACUACGUGUCAGAGCAGGAGGCGUGGCCUGGGCGGGGUCAGUAUGAUGUCGUCAUGUGUCUGGGCGUAACCAAGUGGGUGCAGCUGCAGGCCGGCGAUGAGGGCGUGGCCCGACUCUUCAGACGAGCCUAUCAGAGCCUGUCGCCGGGCGGAUUUUUCAUCCUCGAGCCUCAGCCGUGGCGACGCUACGGCCGCAGCAAAAAAGCCUCGGCGACCACAUACCAUCACUACAGGAGUUUGCAAGUGAGACCAGAGCACUUCACCUCCUACUUGAUGGACAAUGUCGGCUUCAGCUCCUACAGACUCCUCACACACGCUGGUGAGAAACAGCCCAUCUACCUGUUCCACAAGAAGUGAGCCUCCAUGGCGUCGUGAGCUCGCGAUUGGACAGCACCGGCUCCUGUCGUGUGAUUGGAUUACGUGAUCGGAAGUGACGCUCGUUUGUUUGUGUCGAGAAAGAUGGGGGUGUUUCCCCGUCAUACAUUCGGAGAGGUUUCUCCUCAAGUCGGACGGCCGGAUGGGCUGGUGUUCGCCAUCCCCGGUCAUGUCAGCUGCUGGAUUUUGGAAGUCACGUGACCCUCCGUCCCGUUUCUUUAGCGCUUGUCCUCAUCAUUGGGGCCGACAGCUGACUUUGGGCUCGAGACGGCGUAAAUCGAGUUCGAGCUCACCUCUGGAGAAAAACAACUGAACUUCAGAUGAGAGGACUUUUUGUAAAUAUUCAGCUCCUUCCUAUUUUUCUCUUAGACUUUUUAUAACAAAACAAAUGUUGUCGUUAAAAAGUGUAACUAGAGGGCUAUAGUUUAGAUUAAGGCCCAACCGUCAUGGCUUUUUUUAAGGCCAAUUCCCGAUAUCUGUGACAAGAAAAUUCUGCAGACCGAUUAAUCAUCCAAUUAAUUAGAAAAAUAUAUAAUGAAUAAAAUAGCUCCCUUAAUGCUUACAACAACAAAGAUAUGAAUUACAGGCAAAACAUGUUACUGUUUGACAAUACUUUACAACAGAGUGGAAUUUCUAAGUACACAAAAAAGCAUUAACUGAGGAAUUAGUCUUUAGGUUUAGGCCAUAAAUGUAAGCAACAUAAUGAGUGACGUUACUGGCAAAACGUUAUUUCUGCAGCCAUCUGUUGCCCUUUAACAUUAAAUCACAUUUGCUCCACUCCAUCGUUUUCUUUGCCCAAAAUUGAUGACUAAUAUGAACCAAAAUAAAAACCAGAGACGCCUUUCUCCGAUGUCAAAGCAGGUCGUCUUUGACUGAGUUGCAUCUCAAAUAUGUAAUGCGCGCAGAGAAAGCGAGAGUAAAACUGAAAUGGGAGACAUGUUGAGUCAUUGUUGAUUUCACGUCAUUCUAAACUUGCUUGCGCUCAGCCCUGUAGCUCACUUCGGUGGGGACUUGACUCUCACAACAGCUGAUGUUUUCCUUAUUAUCGACACAGUAUCGUUUCAAGAGAUGUGCAACAUCUAGAACAACCACGUCAUCGUCUCAGGAAAGAUGCCGAGUGGACUGAUUGGAGUCAGAACUCCCAAUGGCGUGGCGCAAGGAUAUCAUCAUUCUGCGUUUACUGAAGUUUCAAUGAAGCACUCUGGAAAACAUUGUGGAUUUGAUAAAGGUCCGACGUGGACUGCCUACUGUAUAGCAAGUCUUCUUUUGUGUAUGUAUGUGGUAUAGGGUCACCAAAAACGGAGAAAAACUACACCACCCAACGUGCUUGCCCACCUGAUCAUUCGAAUAAAUCGAUACAUUUGGCUUAGAUUUAAA